CUUCUCCCUUCUCCCUAUAAAUAUUAGUGCCGCCUUCACCUUGCUCCUCUUCACUCCAAAGUUCGUUCGCUCACUCACUCCGGCUAGCCCUAGCUUCUUAACUGCUGUAAUUUGUAAAUCUCAAGCACGUCUACUAUAAGACUCUAAGCUAUCUGGACUAUGGAGGAGCCAGAUAGAUUAAGUGAACUCCCUGCAGAUGUACUUGACAAGAUUAUGGGAUUAUUGUGGAUUGGAGAAGCCGCUAGAUGUGCUGUCUUGUCCACCGUUUUGAGAGAUGCUUGGUACAAUCUUACCGAGCUUGAUUUUGACGAUUCCUUUCAUCAUAACAUUUACCCAAUUUAUGAUGGUGACCCAGCCACAUGGCAUCGUAAAAUCAACAAUUACCUCAAGAAGCACAAUGGAAGCAUUAAAAAGUUUGGCAUUUAUUUUAGUCUCCAAGCAUAUCAACGUGAUUUUGAUAAUUUGUUCCUUUCUGUGACGAAUAAAGGUGUUCAAGAACUCUACAUUAACAUAUAUAGCGAUGAUCCCAUCAAAUACAGGCUUCCUGCUUGCAUAUUUAAGUGCCCUACACUGAAGAUUGUGCAAGCUUCUGGUGUUCAAAUUGACCCCAUAAAGGCCCGUUGCAUAUUUCCAAAUGUCACUUCUAUUUCUUUUAGUGAUGUGGACUUCAGCCCUAGGAGUCGUCAACUUCAUGCUGUUGAUGUUCCAAUGCUCCGAAAUUUGAUAUUCAGAGGAUGUGAAGACAUCUCUCAUUUUAACAUCACUGCUCCAAAACUCCGUACUUUAUCAAUCAAAGGAUGUUACAUUGGCCAUGAUUGUGACAGUGACAGUGACAAUUACUCCCAGAGUGAUAGUGAUGAUGAUGAUGAUUACUACUAUGAAGAUGAUGACUCCCGCUAUACAAAUGACUAUAGAAAUGAAUUUGAAAAGAGACUAUUUGAAUUCCUUAUGUCUCAAGUAGAGGACGAUGACGAUGAAAGUGAUUACAGCGACAAUAGCGAUAGCGGAGGUGAUUAUGAUGAUAGCAACAUGUUUUGCUAUGACCUUCUCAGUGGAGAAGACAAAUCGGGUGGUGGUUUUCUCCCAGCGAACAUGGAUUUGGGAUCUAUACGUGCACUUCAUUUGUGUUGUGAUGGUAUUGGGGCUGUUGUUGAUGACUUUAGAAUGAGACUUCAAAUGCCAGCGUUAGACGUGAAAUACUUAAACCUCUCAGGUGACUAUUUUCCAGAUCCUGAUAGUAACUCUAAGUUUGUGAGUUUGCUGCAAAGUUGCCCAAAAUUAUGCAAACUUGAGAUAUGUUUUGAGCUUCAUGGGUUUGAGUCCCCUGAUUGUAGUGGAAGUUUUUCUGAUCUUUUGGGAGGACAGCACAAUCUACAUUACAGACACAACGCCCUCCGAAUUAUGAAGCUUAGCUUACUCUCAGGGUCCAAAUCUGAAUUGCAAUUUAUAACGGGACUAAUAGCUUGCUUCCCAACAUGUAAGAAGGUGCUUGUUUGUUGUCCGAAAAGGUUCUGGUCCAGGGAGAAGGCAAAAAUUAAAGAGGAGAUUUUGAGUUCUUGUGGUGCCUCAUCAGCAGUAAAAAUCUAUUUGAAAUGAGAAGCCAUUUGGUUUGAUCCAUCUCCUUAACUCUCAUGAUAUGUAAUGGGAGGAAGCUGAUCUCUUCUGCUCUGAAGCAGCAAGGAAUUUCAAUAUAUAUUAGUGUAAAAUGAUCUUUGCGUUUUUAGAUGGUUUGUUAGAACGAAACUGAGUUUAAUAAUGUGGUAGAACUUAAGUGCAUAGACUGGCUGUUCGUAAUUGGGGAGAGAACAAUUGUGCUCCCAACGACCCUCCCCUCCCUUCCCUUUACAUGGAUUUUUCCAUUCUCCUUUUUAAGCAGUUCUAUA